UAUAACCUUUUAAAGAGAUAAAAUUAUCUCAACUUGUAUUGUGUAAAAUGAUAACAAACCUAACAUGGUUUAGUCUCCUUAGUUUUGUUGUAAUUUUAAUUGAAGUUUUCCUUUAAGUUCUUAUUACUAUAAUAUUUAUGAAAAUGGAAAAAUCUGCUAAAACUGCAUGGCUUAGUUCAAAAUUGAAACAAUUUGCUUUAGAUGAAGAUAUUUAUUUAAACUAUAUUGAGAGUGUUUUAGAAGGUGAAGAAGAACAAAGUGAAAAAAUUAUUGCACUUGAAUCUAUUCUUGCUGAAGUUUUAAGUGUAUCAGAAGCAAAGACUCAAUGUAUGGAAAUUGUAUCUAUGUAUCACACACAAAACCCUACUGAAGAUAAAACUGCUAAAAUUGAAACUGAAAAUCCUGAAAAAGCUUUAAUUAAAUUACUAGAAAAUAAUAUAAGAACUGUUGUUACAAUACCCAAUAAAAAUACCUCUGACCUUGAUAAAGAUUCAGACUUAGCUAAAAUAAGAAAAAAUAUAUUAUCACAAUAUGCUCAAAAGGAAGAUAAUUCGGAAGAAGAAGAAACAAGUGACUUAGAUAUAGAACACAACACUAAUGCAAGUGCUGUAUUGGCUGCUAAAAAAGAACAGAGAGAACGAGCCAAAGAACAGAGUCUCAGAAAGAAAGAAAAAGAUAAAGAAGACAGAGAAAAACAAAAACAACUUGCUCAAGAAAAAAAGGACGCUAAGAAAAAAAAAGCACAGAAAGUGGAAAGAAAGCGAUAAGCUGCAUUUCAAUAAUAUUUCAUUUACAAAUGUAUAUAUUUUCAAAUUAUUGUUUUAAAAUAAAGUUUGUUCAUAUUGCAGUAUA